AUUGUAUUAAAAUGGGAAGAUAAUAGAAGUUAAAAACCACUUAAAUAUCUUAAGUUUAAGUUAAUAUUACUAUUAAUUAUAAUUUAAUUUAAGUAUUAAUUUUUGGAACAGUAUUCACUGAGUAUUAUAUAUUUUCAAAAUGUCUUUUGGAGGUUUUAUUGAUUUUUUUCAAAAAGGAAAAACAUUUAGACCGAAAAAAAAGUUUUCACCAGGCACUCUUCGUUAUUCGUUGUAUAAACAUGCACAAGCUUCGUUAAACUCUGGCAUCAAUUUAAGGAAUGCAGUACAAUUACCACAGGGCGAAGACUUAUAUGAUUGGAUUGCUGUUCACGUGGUCGAUUUCUUCAAUCGAAUUAAUUUGAUUUAUGGCACAGUCUGUGAUUACUGUACAGAUACAUCUUGCCCAACCAUGAGUGGUGGCCCUAAGUUUGAAUAUUUAUGGGCUGAUAAAGAAAGAUACAAAAAACCAACACCAUUACCAGCACCUCAGUAUGUUUCACUGCUCAUGGAUUGGAUUGAAACACAAAUUAAUAACGAGAACUUAUUCCCAGUGUCAACAGAUGUACCAUUUCCAAAGACUUUUAUGCCAGUUUGCAAAAAAAUACUUACUCGAUUAUUUAGAGUAUUUGUGCAUGUUUAUAUACAUCAUUUUGAUCGAAUUAUAUCUAUAGGCGCAGAACCACAUGUGAACACAUGUUAUAAGCAUUUCUAUUAUUUCAUAACCGAGUUUGAUCUAGUCAUUAAUAAAGAAUUGGAGCCAUUAAUGGAAAUGACAUCAAAAAUGUGCCAGGAUGGUCUUCAAAAUCAAUAAUAUUUUGUAACCAAAAUGGAUUUUAAUUUUUAAAAAAUUGUGUAUAUUUUUAAAUACUAUGUGGCAUUUAUUUAAUAAUUUUGUUACCUUAAUAAUGUAUAUUUUUAAAUAAAUAUUCUUUUGUUAAUUUAAUCAGGAAUUGAAAAAUAUAUGAUUAGUAUAUUAUACAAAAACAAAAAAAAUGGA